GGAGCAGGGGAAUGACCGGGCGGGUAAUGUUGGGAGAGAGGAACUGCUGAACCGUUUGAAAGGAAACGUCGAUUGGAGCUGGAGCACUGAGUGACGUUAUCUGGUGGGAAGAGGGAGGGAGAAAGAGAGACGGCUGGACUCCAUUAGCUGAAGCCAGGAGGCACUUUGGGAUACUUCAAUUGGACGCGUUUUUUGGGAUAUUCUCUUUGAAAAGAUCCAGAUAGUCUACAUUAUUUAGAAAAUCUGGUUGACUAUCGAAACCUCGGAAGUUUAAGUGGCUUUUUGGAUUUGGUUGGUGUAUUUGAGAAGGAUGGCGCUGGACGGUAUACGGAUGCCCGAUGGCUGCUAUGCGGACGGAACGUGGGAACUGAAGAUGCACGUGACAGACCUCCACAGGGACGUGUCUCUGAGGGUCACCGGUGAGAUCCACAUCGGUGGGGUCAUGCUCAAACUCGUGGAGAAACUCGAUGUGAAGAAGGACUGGUCGGACCACGCCCUGUGGUGGGAGAAGAAGAAGACGUGGCUGCUGAAGACCCACUGGACCCUGGACAAGUAUGGUAUCCAGGCAGACGCCCGGCUCCUCUUCACCCCGCAGCACAAGCUGCUGCGCCUGCAGCUGCCCAACAUGAAACACAUGAAGGUCAAGGUCAACUUCUCCGACCGCGUCUUUAAGGCCGUCUCUGACAUCUGCAAGACUUUCAACAUCCGUCAUCCAGAGGAGGCAUCUCUGCUGCGUAAGCCCCGCGACCCCAAGAAGAAGAAGAAAAAGCUGGAGGAGGCUGAGGAGGCGGCUCUGGAGCUGGAGGGGCCACUGCUCACCCCUGGAUCAGGUACCUCUGAGAUCAUUUACAUUGGGCCGGUCAAAGGAAGCAUCUACUCCAGUCCAGGCUUGUACAGUAAGACCAUGACCCCCACUUAUGACUCCAGAGACGGCAGCCCCCUGUCCCCCACCACCGCCUGGUUCGGAGAUAGCCCUCUUUCUGAGGGCAAUCCCAGCAUCCUUGCUGUCAGCCAGCCAAUAUCCUCGCCCGAUAUCCUGGCUAAACUCUACAAGUCCCAGUCCCUCCUGGACAAGGCCAAGAUCAACCAGGGGUGGCUGGACUCGUCUAGGUCUCUGAUGGAGCAGGAUGUCAAGGAGAACGAGGUGCUCCUCCUGCGGUUUAAAUACCACAGCUUCUUUGACCUCAACCCCAAGUACGAUGCCAUCCGGGUGAACCAGCUCUAUGAGCAGGCCAAGUGGGCCAUCCUGCUUGAGGAAAUAGAGUGCACUGAGGAGGAGAUGAUGAUGUUCGCCGCUCUGCAGUACCACAUCAACAAGCUGUCCAUCAUGUCGUCAGGAAACCACAUGAACAACAGUGAGAAGGAGGUGGACGAGGUGGACGCUGCCCUGUCAGACCUGGAGAUCACCCUGGAGGGAGGCAAGACCUCCAACACCCUGGGUGAUAUCACGUCCAUUCCUGAACUGGCCGACUACGUCAAAGUCUUCAAGCCAAAAAAGCUGACACUGAAAGGCUACAAGCAGUACUGGUGCACAUUCAAGGACAUCACAAUUUCCUGCUACAAGAGCAAAGAGGAGGCUCAUGGGACACCCUCCCUCCAAAUGAAUCUAAGAGGUUGCGAGGUAACACCAGAUGUGAACAUUUCCAGUCAGAAAUUCAACAUCAAGUUGCUAAUCCCAGUGGCUGACGGCAUGAACGAGAUCUGGCUGCGGUGUGACGCUGAGAAGCCAUAUGCCCACUGGAUGGCAGCGUGCCGCCUGGCCUCUAAGGGGAAGACCAUGGCAGACAGCUCCUAUAGCCUGGAGGUCCAGAACAUUCUAUCCUUCCUCAAGAUGCAGCACAUGAACCCUGACCCGCAGUUCAUCGCCGAGCCAGCUGUCACCAACGACAUCAACUCUGAGUGCCUGGUGUCGCCGCGCUACCUGAAGAAGUACAAGAACAAGCAGCCAGGCUAUAUCAGGGACCUGAUUUCGGCCCGGAUCCUAGAGGCCCACCAGAACGUGGCCCAGAUGAGUCUGAUCGAGGCCAAGAUGCGCUUCAUCCAGGCAUGGCAGUCCCUGCCUGAGUUUGGCAUCACUCACUUCCUGGCCAAAUUCCAGGGUGGGAAGAGGGACGAGCUGAUUGGCAUUACCUACAACCGUCUCAUCCGGAUGGAUGCCAGCACCGGAGACGCCAUCAAGACCUGGAGGUUUGCCAACAUGAAGCAGUGGAAUGUCAACUGGGAGAUCAAGAUGGUGACGGUGGAGUUUGCAGACGAGCCUAGCCUGGCUUUCAUAUGUGCGGAGGUGGACUGUAAGGUGGUACAUGAGUUCAUCGGAGGCUACAUCUUCCUGUCCACGCGCGCCAAAGACCAGAACGAGUCUCUGGACGAGGAGAUGUUCUACAAGCUGACCAGCGGCUGGGUCUGAGUCUGACUACCUGACCCCCUGGGUCAGAGUUUAGGGUAAAGAGGGGAGGGAGGGUGGUGGCUAAAUCAAAUGGGUUUAUUUUAUUUGUUAUAAAGUUUUGGUGGUUUUAAAUGGAACCAUGCUUUAGAGCCCCAUGCAGCCACCCAUUAUUGCCAUUGUUGUUAAGAAGCUGAUGCCCUUUAUUUUUGUUGCAUUAACACUAAUAUUCUGCACAACGCUGCAGCCCAGACUAACUCCAAAUCCUGCCUGUGGCUCCCCCAUCGCCCACAUUAUUUGACAGGAAGUUGGGAGUCGUCCCCCUCCCAUGACCCCUCUCCACUCACCCAUCCCGCUCCAAUACACUGGGGACAGCAGCCUCUUCCUCAAGCAGCUAUCACAAAGCUAGGUCCAUGAUAACCUAUCACAUGUCAUCAGGAGACCUCUCCAUUCCAAAGACUCUUUCUUAAUCCCCCCUUCUACUCUGACUCCCCUGAAGGAACUGAUCAAAUUUACCCUUCAACCUCAUCGUAAUCCGACCAGCCCACAGUUCGUAUGAAGAAUCACAUGAUUUAUUUAUCCCUGUUUUGUUUUAUUGUUGUCAUUUUGGUGAGGUGUGGUACUGUUCGGAGUCUUUGAAGUGGUGUGUUGUGGUUUGUGUACUGCCUGACAUCCUGUGUUAUGAUACUGUGUAAUUUAUGCGGCAGAGUGCCACCUCACUCUCACGUAUUGUACAUCCACAUAUUCACUCAGUUUGGUGUGACUAUAGGCAGUAGUAAUCCUCAGAGUAAGAGUAUCGGCAAAACAGUGACAAGCUUUUACUUUCUCAGCAGAGACAGGAAGUGAUAUGAGGUAAUUUCCUUCCGUCGUUAAGGAAAGGCUAAGGAACGCAGAGCUCAUGGAGAGAAUUGGGCACCGUGUCCUCUCCACUCGAUGAAGGAUUCUCAGUUUGAUCUAACUAGUCCAUAUGAAGUCACACUUCCGCAGUAAGCACUUCUCCAGUAUAUGUAUGAUCCCUGGUCAUACUUUAUUUGGACAGUCUGGAUUUUCCAUCUGUGGAUGCUCUACAGAUGGCCAUGCUAUCUGUUGAUAAGCAACUGCUUGCUGAGGUAACUGUUAGGGUUAGGGGAGUCUGUAGCGCAUCCCUUAAUGAAUAAGCUGUAGUUCAAUUCAUUGUUCUUUUUGUCUGAGCAUACCUCCAGUGAGUGUCUCCUAUCCUCUGUGUAAAACACUUCAUACAACAGCUAACAAGUGUGCUUGGAGAGUUUAAACAGUCUUGGUAUACACCUACUGUAGCGCUUCUGUCUGCAUUAGUUAACAUGUCAGCACAACAGGCGCUCAAGCAGGGUGAAUGUCCUGUAGUUCCUUAUCUGUAAACCGCUGAAUAACCAUGCCUAGUUCUCAUAGCUACUCAAGGUUGAAGGGGUCACUCAAGGAUACUCUGUUUGAGAUGGAAUUUUAAUGGGUAUCAUGGGCAAGUUCUGAGGCAAUUACUGAAAAUGUAAAUAAGAAUGUUGUCAUGGAACAUGUGGUGCCCAAAUGAUUUGGCUCAGAUACAUACUGCCAGUCAUAGGGUUGUCCAGCGUCCACAGCAUGAAGGAAAGACCUCUGCUCUGCCUUGAGACUCAGACCCUUACAAAUGCAUUGUGCGUGUGUAGUACAGCAGGAGGGCUACUACCAUUAAUAACAGCAUUCCCAAGUGCAGCCUCUUUUAAAUGCCAUUCUUUAUCUUACACCAUAUAGUGUUAUUAUUCAGCAACAGGUCACCAAGUUUGAAGAAUUAAUUAUGCAAAGUCUUCUUUGCCCUCUGUAUGAACGAACAUUAAAUGAAGUAUUAGUUUUUUGUAACUAAUGUAAAAACACAGGUUUUAUAGAAUUGUACAGUUCUUUUGUUGCUGCUUUUUUUCCCUUGUUUUUUGGGGAAGUGUGUUUUUGUUUGCAGAAAAGAGGGAAAGCCAUCCGUCAACAUUAUGUAGUAUGAAAAUGUGUGCCUGCCAAUGUCACGGUCUCAUUGAGUUUAACAUGAAGAUAUAUAUAUAUAUAUAUAUAUAUGAAGAUAUCACUAGUCUCAAACUCCAGGUUGUUUGGGAUUUAAUUCAGAUUUUUCUCACACUAGAUAUUAUUACCCAAACAUUGAUAAAAGGGCUUUUCAAUGUACUUUUUUCUUGUUGCCUCUCCUAUAAGCUGAAUUACAUUGCUAUUCUAUUUUCUUGCAUUUUUGGGGGGACUGAUCUUACUCUCUAGCUCUGUAAACUACCACCAAUGACACAUCCCUAGGCUACCAAACCCUUACUCUGCUGUUCAGUGCCUUUUCAAAAAUGUAUCACUUCAUUUUCAGAUUUGAUAACUAUUGUAGCUUUUAAUUGAAUAAUGUUUUUGGUAUGAAGGAGACACUUUUUGUUAAAGUAGACCUUGGAGUUUGAGACAAACGGCCGUAAGUGAACUGAAGUAAAAGAAGCGAACUUAGCCUAGUUUUUUCCUCCUAUAACAGUUGUUUGUUUGCCUCCAAUGUCCAGAGCAGCAGUGCAUGGCCAGCUGUUUUCAGACUGUAAAAAAAUGCAUUUAUUUAAAAAAAAUAAAAGUUUUUAUUUAA